AUGGCGGCGCCGAUGCUAGGAGGGGAGGGAGAGGGGCAGGGCCGGCCGGUGGUGCUAGUGACGGGGUGCUCGGAGGGGGGAAUCGGGAACGCGAUGGCGCGGGCGUUCGCGGCGGCGGGGUGCGCGGUCGUGGCCACGGCGCGGUCGCGCGCGUCCAUGCGCGGGCUCGAGGGGGACCCGCGGUACCUGCUGCUGGAGCUCGACGUGGGCUCCGACGAGAGCGCGCGCCGCGCCGUCGGGGACGCCCUGCGCGAGUUCGGUUGCGUCGACGUGCUCGUCAACAACGCCGGGGUUCACCUCGUCGCGCCGCUCGCCGAGGUGCCCAUGGACUCCUUCCAACAGGUGUUCGACACCAAUGUCUUUGGAGCAAUGAGGAUGAUUCAAGCUGUUAUUCCUCACAUGAUGGAAAGACGCAAAGGCACGAUUGUGAAUGUUGGAAGCAUUACUGCCUUGGCUCCCGGACCGUGGGCUGGUGCAUAUUCCGCAUCAAAAGCUGCUCUUCAUGCAUUGAGUGAUACACUAAGGGUGGAAUUAAGAAAUUUUGGCAUAAAUGUCAUGAUUGUUGCCCCAGGAGGCACUAAGUCAAAUAUAGGAAGUAACUCUGCAGACAAGUAUGAUCAAAUAAACGACUGGAAGUACUACAAAGCGUACGAUAAGUCACUUCGAGCCAGGACCGAUAUAUCCCAGGGCGCCGGGUGUGUUCUGGCAGAAGACCUUGCAAAGAGAGUUGUAAAAAUGGUUCUUAAGAAGAACCCUCCAGCCUGGUUCGCUUAUGGCCAGUUCACUGCUGUUUUGACAAUCUUGUACUAUGUCCCACUGUGGUUCAGAGAUUACUUCUACAAGCUGGUCAUGAAAGUAUAAACAACCUUGGAAGAUAGUAGUCGCGUGAACGAAGGGAAUUGCCGCUGAGAUCCCAAUUUCAUUCAUGCUACUACUAGUCUGCCAGACUACCGCUACAUAUAUUUUACUAUAUAUGGGUACAUAUACUUCCAGUCUAUAUGGACCUUUCAGUUCAAGUGUAAAAUUCUCCCAGUUGUUAAGCAUUGGUGGUGUGGUGAUAUUGUUCAAAAUUGAUUGCUCUCCAGUUUCUUGUGCUA